AUGUAUGCGUUCAGUGAUUUUCUCCCUCCCAACUAUCUCAUAAGAGAAGAUUGCCUCAGGCUAGUAAGUGAUAACUACGGUCUGUUCUUCGAGGUUAUGUCUUUCAUAGAGGUGAAACCAAUACCUACAGCCAUCUUGACCGAUCCGCAGGGUACUGUUGUCCUUUGGACCCAGAACACUUUCCCAUGGACGGAAUGGGUUGAUAUGGCUCACUUUGGUGUUCGUCGCACACUGACUGAGCUGGCGGAUAGCGGUGCGUUCUGUGACGACUACCAAAUGAUUAGAUAUUGGUUCAUGAGACCAUUGGUGUAA